UUUCUACCGUGGCAGGGACACUCCAUUGAGCGUGGCAGAUGCGUCUCCAUCGGCUGCUCGGCACUUCAAAGCGUCAAAGCGCAAACGGAGACACCCGGUCGGCAAGAAGAGCCACGAAGCUUGACGCUCGAACGCGAGGCCCCCGUGACGAGCGGAGGCCUCCGAGCCUGGCAAUCCAGAGGGCGGGCCCACGGCUGGGCCGGCGGCAUGCGCUAACUGGCUCCACUGGCGGGGGGUCGCGCCGCCAGCACAACAAAAAGUCCGGGCGGCCGGCCUCGGAGGUGCCCCUCUCGGCCCAGAGACCGUCGACGCCUGCGGAGAGGGAUAACAAGGAGGAGGAGGAGGACGAGGAGGAGGAGGAGGAGGAGGAGAAGGAGAGGGGGGAUCAUUCUGUCAAUUUCCGGGCCGACAUGCUAGGCCUGUCAGGGGAUGCUCGCGACAUGCUAGGCCUGUCAGGGGAUGUGCGCCGAUCACAAUCACAAUAAGGCGGAGGGUCUGCACUCCCCUCCUCGGCUUCACGCACGCGCACGGUAUCGUGCAGGGGGCUGCGCGGGGCAGCGCGAGCGCGCGGAGAGCCGACUCCUGCUCGGAUUGGGGCCUCGGAGUGCCUUUUGCAGCGGCGAGAAAGCGAGAGUGCCAAGUUCAUCUCUUGUUCGAAG